UUUGGAUUUUCUUUAGGCCUAGGCCUAGAUCUAUUUUUACCAACAACUAAGAAUGGCUACUCGUUUAGAAAAAGUCCAAAAUUUUAGAAUCUCCAGGACAAUAUUCAUUAACCAAGACGAUGGAUCGCCAAUCCUGUUUUAUUCAGACACAUUUUCAGAUUGUUUGAAUAAUAUUAUUAGGAAUGGAGGUGGCUUAACUACAGACAAUCAACAGGAGGCAUCUGUCUUAUUGUGCGAAAACAAGAAUGACCAUAGAAUUCAUGAUGGUUUUGUACCUCAAGAAUUUGUAGCUGAUUGUGUUAUGAAAAACUCUUUUGUUAAUAUUGAAAAAUACAGGAGUGAUAUUCUUGGUUUACAAAAAACAACACAAAGUACUGAAACAGUUAAUGCAGACUGUACUGGCACUGAUGAAGAUACUUAUGACUUUCCAGCAUCACCACAUAUUAUAGUUAAAUCAACAGAUUUGAAAGGGCGCAAGAAAUAUUCAGUUGAUGAUGAUUUUAAAAUAAUUAAGUAUUUGAUCAACCACGGUCGUUACUCAGAGACGGGUGGAAAUACAAUUUGGAAGUUCAUGCAGGCUGUUCAGGUUACAGAUCAUACAAGCCAGAGUAUGAAAGCAAGAUUUAAAAAGAUUAUCCUUCCCAACAUUGAGUCGUAUGACAUACCUGCACAAUGGAAGGCUAAGUUAACUGGCAACUACAAAAAAAAUUUGCAGGGCUCCUCAGAAUCUGACAGUGAAUGUGAAAUGAACUCUUCAUUUAGAGACCUAGAGGCUUGGAAAGAGCAGGAGCAGUCUUCUUGUAAUAAAAAAUUGUCUGAUAAAGAAACAAUAAAUGUUUUAAAGGACGGCCCUGCAAAACCCUCUUCUUAUAAUAAAAAAGUGGUUGAUAAAGAAACAAACAUUUUAAUGGACAGCUCUCCAAAACGUUCUCCUAAGCCAAAUGAAGAAAGGCCAUGUUGUUCAAGGUUGACAAGAGAACUCACCACAUCUAAACUCACAACUCCCAACAGCCCUCUUCUGAAAAGGAAAAAAGUUUCAGAGGGAGAAAGUUCUGAGGUAGAUGAUGCAACUUGUAAAGAUUAUUUGUGUGAAGAUGAAAUCGAUCAAUUAAUUAUUUCAAAGGCGAAGAAGCAGAAAAUGCCUCUUGAAUUUUCAGCGACAAAACAUUGUAAAUCAAGUCCCACUACUAGUAUCCAGAAUGAAGCAGGAGAAAGUGAAUUUGUUCAUCCUCGACGUGUACAUAAAAUGGAUAGCAAAGACAAAAACAUUGAACAGCCAUCUUUAUCAGCUACAACCUCUAAAGUUAAGAAAGAUAAAUUUACAACAAAACAAAAAAACAGAUACUUUAAAACAUAUUUAACACAAGAGCGCAAAUUAACUGCUACAGAAGCUUCUCUUCUCAUUCGAAGUUGUAAAGGAGAUGGUCUUUUGGCUGCAUGUUUAAUAUAAAUUGACUUAGAUAAUGUUUUAGCUAAUCUUGUAAAUGAAUAUCAUAUUAUUCUAUUCAAUUAUAAUUUAUCCUGUUGAAUUACAUUACAUUAAUGUAACCUAUGAACAAUGAUUACAAGUUUUACAUUUAUAACAUUCAAAGUAAAGCUUAUCUAAUUUUCAAUCUUUGGUGUGGCAUUUUAAAAUAAGCAUUGAUUAUUAUGUACAGUGUUCAAGACACAUUAAUAAUGCUUUUUAAUCUCUAUAAAAUUAUUUUAAAAAUUUAAUGCAUUCAAAUGCAGCUACAUUGUAUAGGUAAUUUUAAUAAUUUCUCUCUAUCUCUAUUAGUGAGUUUGUUUUAAUAAUUUUUAAAAAUUUCAAGCAAAAUCCAUCAUGAUUUAAGUUACAAUACCAUUACAAGUGUAUUUAUUUUUUUUACGUCGUGAAAUUUAAAAGAUUAAUAAUUUCUCUCUAUUAAAAAAGAAAACUAUGUAAAUAUAACAUGCUUUAAAGUUACUGGUACUUU